AUGAGGCGGCACGCUGGCCCGUUGGACAAGCGGAAAAAGGUGACGCGGUGCCAAUCCUGCUCCAAGCGGCGGAUUAAGUGUGAGGGAGGCUUCCCGUGCGAGUACUGUAUUCGGACCAAGAAGCAAUGUCAUCCUCCUGGUCCGUCUCCCCAGGAAAUAGAAUUUGCCAUUGUCGGAAACUUGACGCGGCCGGAUUAUCAAACGCUGGCAUCUCCUGCUCUGAUCCCGAGACCUAAUGAAAGCCUGUACCUGGAUCAUUUUGCACUCUUCGUGGAAAGAUGCCAAUUUACGAAGGGGUUUGCCACCGUAUCCUCCGACCUCCUCCCUCUUAUUUCUUCUUCAAAACCUUUGAAAGAUUUAGCACUUGCAAUUGGCGCAUUGGAAGCCAGCAGGAGAGGAUACUUGCACACACAUCGUGGGGCAGACUCUCCGCAAGUUGCGUCUUUUGGAUUUUACGGGAGAUCGAUCGAAGCGUUCCAGAAGCAGAUACAGACCAGCCAGGGGAUUGAGAAGGAGGAUGUCCUUUGGACCACCCUUUUCCUCGGAAUUUUCGAUCUCAUGUCUGAGAAUUCCGGCGAUGGUUGGGCAAACCACAUGUCGUAUGGCGUAUCAAGAAUUUUGCAAGCCGUGAAGCCUGUUGAUGACCCAUCACCGCUAAGGAUGACGCUUCUUGACGCAUUUAAGACCCUGGAGGCCAACCGUGCUAUUCUGUACGGAAAUGGCUCGUUCCUGGGUGAAGAAUGCUGGUCGUCGCACCUCCCGAGGCCGAUCACACAGCCCCCUGGCACAAUGCCCAGCAUCAUACAACUAAUGCUUGAAGUAUCCAGCUUUAGUCAAAGAUUUUUUGAAGGAAUAGAGUCGAUCGCGAGCGACGGCAGGCCUUUCCACCCAUUCAUAAGCGAGCUUGCAGUUGAUGGUUGCCGUCUCCACGAGAAGCUAGAAUCAUGGUACAGUGAAACAGCACCCCGGAGAGACGAGUCUGAUCCAUAUACCAAGCUUGCUUUGGCCAUUUAUCAUGCUCUUGCCCUUUUCCUGGUUGGAAAUUAUGGGUACUAUUCAUGCUGGGAAGGUCAGAGACUCCCAAGCUUAAGUUUGCUCGAAGUGGAAAGUCAUUCGAACAGAGUAAUGAGCCUGUCUGUCUCUAUUUUGGAGAAUUCUCAUAUUUCAGGAACAUUAAUUUUAUUCCCGCUGAGAGUAGCUGGCUUGUACUCUACAGAGGAACAACAGCGCGGAGAAAUCUUAGGUUUGCUUGGGCGUAUCCAACGACAAGGGUUCAAUGUCGCCGAAAGAAUACAAGGCGACUUGCGGCAAUGCUGGAAUUACCAAGACUCGCAUAGCUCACUUCUUCGCAUGAUUGAUAAUGUCUCUGAGUACUGA